AAAGAAAUGAGAAGUGCUACGAGAUGAUAAGGUACUCAGGCUUCACUGAACGCCACCAACAAAACAAAUAUCUUUUAUGUGGCAACAAAAGCAAACUACCAAUUCAUGAAUCUCAUUAGCCAUUCCUUCCCUUUAUCACUUCCAUCUAACCCAUUCAAGCCUCGUCUCCUUCCACCUCUCAAACUAGCAAAACCUUCACACUCACACUCUCCACCACAGUUAUCUACCAUGGAUUCAAGCUCUACUGAAAGUGAAGUAGCCUACGAUCUCUCACCCAUCAUGAAGGUAUACAAAAACGGUCGUAUAGAGAGGCUAGCUGGUGAAGAGGUUGUUCCUCCAUCUCUUGAUCCCAUAACCAAUGUUGAAUCUAAAGACGUUGUAAUCUCCAAAGAAGAAGGCAUAUCUGCAAGGCUUUUCAUACCCAAAACCACUUUUCCUCCAAGCCAAAAGCUUCCUCUUUUUAUUUACUUCCAUGGUGGUGCCUUCUGCAUUGAAACACCGUUUUCACCAAACUACCAUAACUUCCUUAACUCGGUUGUUUCAUUGGCUAAUGUUGUUGGUGUCUCUGUUCAUUAUAGGAGAGCACCGGAGCAUCCGGUUCCCAUUGCACAUGAAGAUUCAUGGGCUGCACUGAAAUGGGUCGCUUCCCAUUCUGGUGGAAAUGGUUCUGAUGAGUGGCUGAAUCGCCAUGCAGAUCUUGGGAAGGUGUUCUUUGCUGGGGACAGUGCGGGUGCAAACAUUGCUCACUAUUUGGGUGUUCGGGUUGGGACAGAAGGGUUGGUUGGUUUGAAGGUUGAAGGGAUUGCAUUGGUGCAUCCUUAUUUUUGGGGAUUGGAACCAAUCGGGUCUGAGACGAAUCGGCUUGAACAAGCUGCAAAGGUUCAUGAUUUAUGGCGUUUUUCAUGCCCAAACACGACUGGAUCCGACGACCCGCUAAUUAACCCGGAUAAGGAUCCGAAUCUGGGGAGCCUGGGUUGUGACAGGGUGCUUGUUUGUGUUGCUGAGAAGGAUUUGUUGAAGGAUAGGGGUUGGUAUUAUAAAGAAUGGCUUAAGAAGAGUGGGUGGCAUGGGGUUGUGGAGGUGGUGGAAGCAAAAGAUGAGGACCAUGUGUUUCAUAUGUUCAAACCAACUUGUGAGAAUGCUCUGGCUUUGAUUAACCAAAUUGUUUCCUUUAUCAAACAGGAUUGAGCACUAUCAUGUAUCCCUGUGACCCUGUUUUUAUUAUGCUUUUUUAGUUUUCAAUAAAUGCAAUCUUUCUUGUAUCCUAUGUCUACUGAAGAAAAGUUUUUUUUUUUUUAUGACCUUUCUGAUAUAUUAUUUGUCCAUCCAAAAUUACAACUACUGAGAAUGUUUGUGUUGAAAGUCUAAGCUCUAAUUUAGUGUUCUGUACUGGAUGAGUUUUUUUUUUUUUUUU